AUGGGGGGCGUGGAGGAAACGCUGCAGCAGCUGAAGCUGGAGUUCGCGUGCUGGCUGGAGCGUCUGCAGCGCAGCAGCAGCAGCAGCAGCAGCAGCAGCAGCGAAGACCCCGUGUUCGAGGGGAUGGUGCGGGACAUGCAGCAGUACGACUGCACGCUGCAGGCCCUCGAAAAAGGCGUAAAGGUCUACUUGGAAGGCGUGGAAAGCCUCUGCUGCGGACUUGAACUUCUCAGCGAAGCAGCAGUUAAAGGACUUUGCAAAAAAAGCGACUUCUGGAUUUCGCGGGACGCCUGCUGCUACCGGGAGUCUGUACACCGCAUCACCCGCGCCGACGCCCCGCAUGCAGUUUUCAGCAGGUUCAAAAGAGAUUUAUUCUUCAACGUUUUGGACCCGCUGCAGCAGCACUUGAAGCUCAACCAGCAGCUGCGCAGGGACUGCCAGCAGCGCCGCAAGCGGCUCGCCGAGCUGCUGCUCGCCAAGCGCCACCUCGAGCGGCUGCAGCAGCAGCAGCAGCAGCAGCAGCAGCGGGAGCAGCAGCAGCGGGAGCAGCGGGAGCGGCGGGGCAGCGGCGAGGCGGAGGAGGAGGACGGGGAGGCCGGCGAGCAGCAGGAGCUCAUCCGCGGCGCGGGGGCUGCUGCUGCUGCAGCGGGAGCAGCAGCAGCAGCAACGGGAGCAGCAGCAGCAGCAGCAGCAGGCCCGGGGCAGGGCGGGGGGCUGUCGUUCGCGCGGGUGCUGCAGCAGCGGGGCGGGUCCGCGGCGGCGGCGAGCGCCGCAGCGAGCGCCGCAGCAACAGCAGCAGCAACAGCAGCAGCAGCAGCAGCAACAACAGCAGCGUACGAAAGCUUCCGAGCAGCAGAUGAAGAACUCUUCGAGUGGCUGCAGCUGCUCGACUGCUACAAAUGCGACAUUUAUGAUUCGCUGCUGCAAACCCUCAAGUAUCUCCAGUAUGACUUUUUUGCUGCUGCAGCGCAUGCGCUUGCUGCAGUGCUGCCGCGCCGCAUGGAGUUCAGGCCCAUGGUCGAGAUGACCCCGCAGCAGCUCAAACCCCUC